AUGGGCGACGUCGCGGAGCUCAAGAAGAAGUGCGAGGGGCUCAAGGACAAGAUCCAGGCCGUGCGCAGCCAAAAGUCCAACGGCGGCUUUGAGAACGAUGGCACCAAGGCGAUCCCGGCCGCGCCCAAGUGCCGCCGCGUGCUCAAGGGCCACUUUGGCAAAAUUUACGCCAUGCAGUGGGGCGGCGACUCGUCCAGCCUCGUGAGCGCGUCCCAAGAUGGCAAGCUCAUCGUCUGGAACGCCAUGACGACCAACAAGGUCCAGGCCAUCCCGCUGCGGUCGUCCUGGGUCAUGACCUGCGCAUACGAGCAAAAGCAACGCAACAUGGUGGCGUGCGGCGGUCUCGACAACCUCUGCUCCAUCUACCACCUAGGGCAAGCGCAGGUCAUGCGUGCCGCGAAGGAACUUGCAGCCCACGACGGCUACUUGAGUUGCUGCCGCUUCAUAGACGAGACCAACAUUAUUACGAGCUCGGGAGACUCGACGUGCAUCCUUUGGGAUGUCGAGUCGGGCGAGGUCAAGACGACCUUCAAGGACCAUACAGGCGACGUCAUGUCAGUGGCCAUCAGCGCGCUACAUCCCAACAUGUUCAUCUCUGGCUCGUGCGACUCGACGGCCAAGGUUUGGGACUUGCGCGCCGGCAAGGUGACGCACUCGUUCCAUGGCCACGAGUCGGAUAUCAACUCAGUCGACUUUUUCCCCAACGGCACAGCGCUUGGUACAGGCUCGGACGACUCGAGCUGCCGCCUCUUUGACUUGCGUGCGUACGGCGAGGUCAACAACUUUUCGAACGACAAGAUCCUCUGCGGUAUCACGAGUGUGUCGUUCUCCAAGUCUGGCCGGUUCCUCUUUGCGGGCUACGACGACUACAACUGCUACUGCUGGGACACGCUCAGCAACACGGGCCAACACGUGUACCAGCUCACGGGUCACGAAAACCGCGUGUCGUGCCUCGGGGUGAGCCCGACAGGACAGGCUCUCUGCACGGGCAGUUGGGACACACUGCUCAAGGUCUGGGCCUAG